UUUCCAAUGAGACUAGACUUCUUACUACUUAAGUAACUCGUCGAGGCACUCCAAUAGUUCAUAUAUAGAAAUCAAAUCAAAUAACUCAUCAUUUUGAUCAAAUGGCAAAUGAAGCUGCCUUUGAUUUGUUUUGUGAUGAUUUUUACUUCUCAUUACUUUUUGACGAAAUCCAAAAUGUCGAAAACUUUUCAAUAUCAGAUGACAAAUAUGCUGAACAACUCCAGGAUCAAGAAAUAAUAAUGAGUUCAACAAUUUUCAAUCAAAACUCGACCAAUUCCCCUGCAGAGGAGAGUAUUGUAGAUCAACCUGAAAUCGGCGAAUCAUCGUUAAGUUUCUGCGAGAUUUGUGCAGAGAGAAAAGAAAUUGAUGAAAUGUUCACAAUUGAAUCUUGCAGCCACGUUUUUUGUACUGAUUGUAUUAACAAGCACGUCUCAAUAAAAAUCCAGGACAAAAUUCACGUUGUGACAUGUCCUGGUGUAGCUUGCAGGGGAAUUCUCGAUUUCGGAACGUGCAUUUCGAUUAUACCUAAAGAUGUACGUAAUAGUUGGGACGAUUUGUUGUGUGAAUCGCUUAUUCUUGCCUCGGAGAAAUUCUACUGUCCAUAUAAAGAUUGUUCGGCAAUGCUAGUGAACGAUUCGGACGAUAUAGUUAGGGAAUCGGAGUGUCCUGUUUGCCGGAGAUUGUUCUGCGCACAAUGUUAUGUGCCGUGGCAUUGUGGAGUUCAAUGCGAAGAGUUUCGGGAAAUGAAUGUGGAUGAAAGAAGCAGAGAAGAUUUAAUGGUGAAGGAAUUAGCAAAGGCGAAACAGUGGACUAGAUGUCCUUAUUGCAGAUUUUUCGUCGAGAAAACUGAGGGAUGCUUGCAUAUGACUUGCAGGUGUGGAUCACAGUUUUGUUAUAAAUGUGGAAUAAAUUGGAUAAAUAAUCAUGCUUGUUAAUGCAGUACUUGAGGGAAUUAUCUGUUGGAUAUGAUGUUUAUAUGGUAGUUUUUUUUUUUUUUAUCAAACAAAGGGAAAAGUGUAUUGUUUUCUAGCUUUCUAAUGUCUAGUUUAUUUAUGUAAUCUUCUUUAAUCGUGGAGUUAUUCUAGGGACUUCACCUCAACUUGUACUAUAUUG